GGGUCCUCGCGGCCCAUGCUGGCCGCCGGGGGCCCACACAGCCCAGACCGCUUCCGGGCCGGCGCGCCGGCCACCAUGGUGGCCUUGAGGCCUGUGCGGCUGCUCCAGGGGGGCUAACAGUUCCCGAGCGCAGGCCUCGGGGUGCGAAGGUCCCCGGGCCUGAGCCCCGCGCCAUGGCCGGGGCCAUCGCUUCCCGCAUGAGCUUCAGCUCGCUCAAGAGGAAGCAGCCCAAGACGUUCACGGUGCGGAUCGUCACCAUGGACGCCGAGAUGGAGUUCAACUGCGAGAUGAAGUGGAAAGGGAAGGACCUGUUUGACUUGGUGUGCCGGACUCUGGGGCUUCGGGAGACCUGGUUCUUCGGCCUGCAGUACACCAUCAAGGACACCGUGGCCUGGCUCAAAAUGGACAAGAAGGUGCUGGAUCACGAUGUUUCAAAGGAAGAACCAGUCACCUUUCACUUCCUGGCCAAAUUUUAUCCCGAGAAUGCUGAGGAGGAGCUGGUUCAGGAGAUCACCCAACAUUUAUUCUUCUUGCAGGUGAAGAAACAGAUUUUAGAUGAAAAGAUCUACUGCCCUCCUGAAGCCUCCGUGCUGCUGGCGUCUUACGCCGUCCAGGCCAAGUAUGGUGACUACGACCCCUCGGUUCACAAGCGGGGAUUUUUAGCCCAAGAGGAAUUGCUGCCAAAAAGGGUAAUAAAUCUGUAUCAAAUGACUCCGGAAAUGUGGGAGGAGAGAAUUACUGCCUGGUAUGCAGAGCACCGGGGCCGCGCCAGGGACGAAGCCGAAAUGGAAUAUUUGAAGAUAGCUCAGGAUCUGGAGAUGUACGGCGUGAACUACUUUGCAAUCCGGAAUAAAAAGGGCACUGAGCUGCUGCUUGGCGUGGAUGCUCUGGGGCUGCACAUCUAUGACCCUGAGAACAGGCUGACCCCCAAGAUCUCCUUCCCGUGGAAUGAAAUCCGAAACAUCUCGUACAGCGACAAGGAGUUCACUAUCAAACCUCUGGAUAAGAAAAUUGAUGUCUUUAAGUUUAACUCCUCAAAGCUUCGUGUUAAUAAGCUGAUUCUGCAGCUCUGUAUUGGGAACCAUGACCUAUUUAUGAGAAGACGGAAGGCUGAUUCUUUGGAAGUCCAGCAGAUGAAGGCCCAGGCCAGGGAGGAGAAGGCUCGAAAGCAGAUGGAGCGGCAGCGCCUUGCGCGGGAGAAGCAGAUGAGGGAGGAGGCUGAACGCACAAGGGACGAACUGGAGAGGAGGCUGCUGCAAAUGAAAGAAGAAGCAACGAUGGCCAACGAGGCCCUGAUGCGGUCCGAGGAGACAGCUGACCUGUUGGCUGAAAAGGCCCAGAUCACAGAGGAGGAGGCUAAACUCUUGGCACAGAAGGCCGCCGAGGCCGAGCAGGAGAUGCAGCGCAUCAAGGCCACGGCCAUUAGGACAGAGGAGGAAAAGCGCCUGAUGGAGCAGAAGGUGCUCGAGGCCGAGGUGCUGGCGCUGAAGAUGGCGGAGGAGUCAGAGCGGAGGGCCAAGGAGGCAGAUCAGCUGAAGCAGGACCUGCAGGAAGCCCGUGAGGCCGAGCGAAGAGCCAAGCAGAAGCUCCUGGAAAUCGCCACCAAGCCCACAUACCCGCCCCUGAACCCCAUUCCGGCCCCACUGCCUCCUGACACCCCGAGUUUCAACCUCAUCGGCGACAGCUUGUCUUUCGACUUCAAGGAUACUGACAUGAAGCGACUUUCCAUGGAGAUCGAGAAGGAGAAAGUGGAAUAUUUGGAGAAGAGCAAGCAUCUGCAGGAGCAGCUCAAUGAACUCAAGACCGAGAUCGAGGCCCUGAAGCUCAAAGAGAGGGAGACGGCUUUGGACAUCCUGCACAACGAGAACUCUGACCGGGGCGGCACCAGCAGCAAGCACAAUACCAUCAAGAAGCCUCAAGCCCAAGGCAGAAGACCUAUCUGCAUUUGAGCCCUCAAAGUAGGUUGUUGCAGCUCACCUUGCAGAGCGCCAAGUCCCGAGUGGCCUUCUUUGAAGAGCUCUAGCAGGGGACGCAGCCCCUCCCCAGGAUCUGCCACUUCUGCUCCUGGCACCAUCGGGAUGGCCGGACACCCCAGGAACCUCCCACAGGGGCUGCUGGCUGGGGGCUCCGGGACUUUCCCCAGUGGAGAGCCCAGCCCCCUUCCUGUGCAGUGGCCUUGAACUGUGAGCCAGUGGAGAUUGUCCUGACCAGAGGCUUUCAUUCUUUCAGAAGUUUUUGUCUGUCUGUCUACUGCGGGAUCCCACACUGCCCAGAGCUGACCUCAACAGUCCAGUCUGGGGAGGGGGCAGAGGGAGCCAAGUGCAGAAGUCCCUCGGAGACCGGAAGGCUGGUGCCAGCCGCUCACCCCACCCAGGUCUCCAGGACAUCCAUCUCCGAGGAUGUGGACAUGGGAUUCAGUGAAGCACCGCUUGGCUCCUGCACGACGUCUGGGAGCCUGUCCGUGGCUCGGGGCCAUCGGAAAGCCGGGUCCUCCCGCUGGUGGGGAAACGGGCAGGGCUGUGGUGGUACAGAGCAGUCGCCCCCUUGAGCCUCAGCCUCUCCCGCCUGUGGUCAGCGGGGACCCCACGGGUACUUCUCACUGGCCCAGCACCGAGCUCCACAGCCCCAGUGUGUUGCUGACGCGGGUCACCUCCAGGCCCCUGCCGUUAAGCCCUUGUUGGUCUCUGCUGGGCCUGCGCUUCGUUUGGCUGCGGCCCUUGUCCCCCAAGCACAGGGUCCCUGGGUGCCCCCUCCCAGUCGGCGCCUGCACGGGCUGGCACACGGCUCUCCUCUGUGCCUAUGGCAGAGGCGCCACAGCCACCCCAGUGGCUCGCUCACCGCUGUGGCCAGCCAGAGCUCCUCAGGUGCUCCCACUUGGGCCCUUAACAAAGAGCAGCUGAUGGCUCUUAGGCUUAACUGGCCCCAUCCGAGGACCUGCGGGUUUCCUGAGAGCAGAGGGGCCUUCUUUGGCCGUUCUUUUUUGGCUUCUUAGAAACUUUGUUGGCUUUCUCGGGCUCCGAAAAUCCUGCCUUUUUCCACUGUCAGGCUGACCUGUUGGUGUCCCGGGCUGGCCGCAGCCUUCUUAGGCGGCCUUGGCCUGAGGGAGCCAGCCCUGUGUCCACCCCAGCCCCUAGGCAUGGCAGGGGGGCUCAGCUGUGCCUGUCCCAGCUCGGGAGAGUCCUCGGGCUGCAGCCCCUCCCUGCUGGUCAGCAGCCCCUCGUGUAGAUUUAAUCUCUAACAGUGGCUGUGGGGCACAGGAGCAUGAUGGUGGUUUGUAACAGCAUUGUCGGGCUUUGUUUUCUUGUUAUUUAACUGCUGUGCGUGUGCUUUGGAAGCCCGGAAAAUGCCAAGCCGUGCGGCCACCAGGGAGCUGGCCUGCGUCUGAGCCCUGGCAGGAGCACCUGGGCCCCGGGCGCAGACGGGGAGAGAGGUGGCAGAGCGUUUCUGCUCUUCCUGGGGACAAGAACCAGCGGCCACCUCCCUCAACCAAGAGUCUGGGGCCCUGGGGGGAGGAAGAACGAGAGCCGAGCUGGGAUUUCAGAAACCCGUGCCUGCCUGUGGGUGUGGAGCCCCUGGGGUCCAUUGAGAGCAGGGCUCUGGCCAUCAUGAUUUCCUUAGAACACUUCGGAUGCCCUUUGCCCGGCCCACGGCGACAGCCGGUAAGGCCACGCCAUUGACCUGUGGCCGCCUGGGCUCAGGCCCCCUGGUGUGUCUGACGGAGGCCCCAGCAGCACCCAGGCCGGGCUAGACAGCAGCCCGUGGCACUGCGUAACACCUCAGUGACUGUUGGCAUCCUGGGGACGGGUUUCUCCCUCUCCUCCGCGCUCUUCUCCCAAAGUCCAGACGCUCACAGGCCUGGGCCCUCGCCGCCCCUGGGGAGAGCAGCCGGGCGGGGAGUCAGCCUCUCCCACUGGCCCUGGUGGGCUUCAGGGGCAGCCCCAGCCAUUUCCAGCAAUGUCAGACGGUGUUCCUGCCUGUGGGCCCGAGCCCGCCUCCUCUUGAGGCCGCCCCUGGAGCCCUGUUUUUUAUUCUGGGGGACUGUUGUAAUUUAAAUGAUUGUUGUAAUAAAAACUCUAAGCUGU